UCGCUUUUCAAGCAUCUUCCCUCCGCCCAGCUUACUGCCAGCUGCGUGGGCUCCAGCUUCGUGCGUUUGCUUUGGAAUGCUCCACAACUCGGCAGCGACUGAGGAAAGCGCAUAAGAAUUUGCUCGGCGUGCUCUCACUGGGCAUCGCACCGACCCUCUAGUGCUUGGAUCUGAUCGUCCUUCAGCCAGAAGACUGCAACUUUCCAGAGAGAAACAAAAUAGCAUGACAUGAAAUAUGGCUCAGUUUUAUUACAAACGAAAUGUGAAUGCCCCCUACCGAGAUCGCAUCCCUCUACGGAUAGUCCGUGCAGAAUCAGAACUCUCACCAUCAGAAAAAGCCUAUUUGAAUGCUGUGGAGAAGGGAGAUUAUGCAAGUGUCAAAAAAUCCCUAGAGGAAGCUGAGAUUUAUUUUAAAAUCAAUAUUAAUUGCAUUGAUCCUCUUGGAAGAACUGCUCUUCUCAUUGCAAUUGAAAAUGAGAACCUGGAGCUCAUUGAACUACUCUUAAGCUUUAAUGUUUAUGUUGGAGAUGCGCUAUUACAUGCUAUCAGAAAAGAAGUCGUCGGAGCUGUUGAGCUGCUACUGAACCACAAAAAGCCAAGUGGGGAAAAACAGGUGCCUCCCAUACUCCUGGAUAAGCAGUUCUCAGAAUUCACUCCAGACAUAACACCAAUAAUUCUGGCAGCCCAUACAAAUAAUUAUGAGAUAAUAAAACUUUUAGUUCAGAAGGGAGUCUCAGUGCCCCGGCCCCAUGAGGUCCGCUGUAAUUGUGUUGAAUGUGUCUCAAGUUCAGAUGUGGACAGUCUUCGCCACUCACGCUCAAGACUCAACAUCUACAAGGCCCUGGCCAGCCCUUCGCUCAUUGCUCUGUCUAGUGAAGACCCUUUCCUCACAGCCUUUCAGUUAAGUUGGGAGUUACAGGAACUUAGUAAGGUAGAAAAUGAAUUCAAGUCAGAGUAUGAGGAAUUGUCACGGCAAUGUAAGCAAUUUGCAAAGGACCUUCUGGAUCAGACAAGAAGUUCCAGAGAACUGGAAAUCAUUCUUAAUUACCGAGAUGACAAUAGUUUGAUAGAAGAACAAAGUGGAAAUGAUCUUGCAAGAUUAAAAUUGGCUAUUAAGUACCGUCAAAAAGAGUUUGUUGCCCAGCCAAAUUGCCAACAGCUACUUGCAUCUCGCUGGUAUGAUGAGUUCCCUGGCUGGCGGAGAAGACACUGGGCAGUGAAGAUGGUGACAUGUUUCAUAAUAGGACUUCUUUUUCCUGUCUUCUCUGUGUGCUACCUUAUAGCUCCUAAAAGCCCACUUGGACUGUUCAUCAGAAAGCCAUUUAUCAAGUUUAUCUGCCAUACAGCUUCCUAUUUGACUUUUCUGUUCCUACUGCUGCUUGCCUCUCAACACAUCGACAGGUCAGAUUUGAACAGGCAAGGUCCACCACCAACCAUCGUCGAGUGGAUGAUAUUACCGUGGGUCCUGGGUUUUAUAUGGGGAGAAAUUAAGCAAAUGUGGGAUGGUGGACUCCAAGAUUACAUCCAUGAUUGGUGGAAUCUAAUGGAUUUUGUGAUGAACUCCUUAUAUUUAGCAACAAUCUCCUUGAAAAUUGUUGCAUUUGUAAAGUACAGUGCUCUUAAUCCACGAGAAUCUUGGGACAUGUGGCAUCCCACUCUGGUGGCCGAGGCAUUAUUUGCUAUUGCAAACAUCUUCAGCUCUCUGCGCCUGAUCUCAUUGUUUACUGCGAAUUCUCACCUGGGACCUCUGCAAAUAUCUCUAGGAAGAAUGCUCCUUGAUAUUUUGAAGUUUCUAUUCAUAUAUUGCCUUGUCUUGCUAGCCUUUGCAAAUGGCCUAAAUCAAUUGUACUUCUAUUAUGAAGAAACAAAAGGGUUAAGCUGCAAAGGCAUACGAUGUGAAAAGCAGAAUAAUGCAUUUUCAACGUUAUUUGAGACACUGCAGUCCUUGUUUUGGUCAAUAUUUGGGCUCAUCAAUUUAUAUGUGACCAAUGUCAAAGCACAGCAUGAAUUCACUGAGUUUGUUGGUGCCACCAUGUUCGGGACAUAUAAUGUCAUCUCUCUGGUUGUCCUACUCAACAUGUUAAUAGCUAUGAUGAAUAACUCUUACCAACUUAUUGCUGACCAUGCAGAUAUAGAAUGGAAAUUUGCUCGAACAAAGCUUUGGAUGAGUUAUUUUGAAGAAGGAGGUACUCUGCCUACUCCCUUCAAUGUCAUCCCAAGCCCCAAGUCUCUCUGGUACCUGAUCAAAUGGAUAUGGACACAUCUGUGCAAGAAAAAGAUGAGACGAAAGCCAGAAAGCUUUGGAACAAUAGGGGUAAGAACACACCAUAGGCGAGCUGCUGAUAAUUUAAGAAGACAUCAUCAAUAUCAAGAAGUUAUGAGGAACCUGGUGAAGCGAUAUGUUGCUGCAAUGAUUCGAGAUGCUAAAACUGAAGAAGGCCUUACAGAGGAGAACUUUAAGGAACUCAAACAAGACAUUUCUAGUUUUCGUUUUGAAGUGUUGGGAUUACUAAGAGGAAGCAAACUUUCCACUAUACAAUCCACUAACGGCACAAAGGAGUCCUCCAACUCAGCAGACUCAGAUGAAAAGAGUGAUAAUGAAAGUAGUAAUAAGGACAAGAAAAAGAAUUUUAGCCUUUUUGACUUAACUACUCUGAUUCAUCCAAGGUCGGCAGCGAUUGCCUCUGAAAGACACAACAUAAGCAAUGGCUCUGCCCUCGUGGUGCAGGAGCCCCCAAGAGAGAAGCAGAGAAAAGUGAAUUUUGUGACUGAUAUAAAAAACUUUGGAUUAUUUCAUAGACGAUCAAAACAAAAUGCUGCUGAGCAAAAUGCAAGCCAUAUCUUCUCUGUUUCAGAAGAAGUUGCUCGUCAACAGGCUGAGGGAGGACCUCUUGAGAGAAAUAUUCAACUAGAAUCCCGAGCAUUAGCUUCAAGGAGUGACCUGAACAUUCCCGGUCUCAGUGAACAAUGUGUACUAGUGGACCACAGAGAAAGGAAUACGGACACAUUAGCUUUGCAGGUAGGCAAGAGAGUGUGCUCCUUCAAGUCAGAGAAAGUGGUGGUAGAAGACACUGUUCCUAUCAUACCAAAGGAAAAACAUGCCAAGGAGGAGGACUGUAGUACAGACUAUGACUUAUCCCUCACAGAAACAAUCAACCACGAAGAUUAUGUGACAACAAGAUUGUGAUACUUGAAGGAGGAAGAGUUUACCAUGCAUAUAUAUAUUUUCCAUAGUGCUCUGGGCAGGGCAAUAUGUUUAAAAUUAAAUUAGCAAAUGCUAACUUACACUUUAUAUAGCAUUUAUCAACUGUGGCAUAUUAACUUGUAACAUGUUCAAAUAAGGAAAAGGCUAUCAAAAACCCUUCUGUUUUGUAGUCUGCUUUUGCUUUCACAAUGUUUUACAAUAUUUUUGUUAAUAAAUAAAUGUACCUUGUAUUCUUGUACUGUUGCAAUAA